AUGGACCCAUCCCUACGGCAGAAAGGAGGACGUCUACACAUUGACACGAAAUUGAAGGCUCCGUCAUUGACGCUCCCAGAGUCACAAUCGUCGCACGAACACUCCCGUGGCAAAGAUUCCCGCCGUGUUCCACACACGAAGGUUUAUUUUCAUGUAGCAUGCUCCACCGCAUUUGGUGAGUAUGUCCGCGUCGUUGGCGACCAUGCAAGCCUUGGAAACUGGCAAACCAAGCAAGGCGUGCGGCUGGAAACCAAUGAUGACAUAUACCCCGUUUACAUCUCCCCCAAUCCUAUUUUCGUAGAACUGCACGCGCGUGUGCAGUACAGAUAUGUACUCUGUGGCCCGGAUGAUGAGCCUCGGGAGUGGCAGGCAUCUGAAGCCACGCGGUCGUUCAUUGCGACUGGAACGGAGAUGACCAUGGAGGAUGAUGACGGAGUCUUCCGGCAAAAAGCUGGCUUUAACGAGGAAGACAGCGACGACGAGUUCGACGAGCCGUAUCACACCAAGUCACAGUUGGUCAAAAAUAUGGACACAGAUCAGAAGCGGUCAUUCCUCAAAGAAGUCUUGGAGGGACAGAUUGAGAUAGGCGCCAGGGACACGAUCUUCAUGCUUGCUUUCCAGCUUCCGGUCAAAGUUUUCAAAGACAGUGACGGAGCCUGGAGGCUCAGUGAGAAAGCGCCAAACGAUGGUCGAAACUUUGCCUUCCUGCCACUUUUGCAGGAAGUCAAGGAGAAGAAGAAGCUGAAAGUUGUCAAUGUUGGCUGGCCAGGUGUUCACCCCGAGAAUGAUCGGGAGCGGAGAGAGAUAGAGAGGCUGCUCGCACCUCAUGACUUCGUUCCUGUCUUUCCUCCGCGCAGUGAGUUUGAAGGCUUCCUCAACUUCUGCCGUACAUUCCUUUGGCCAGUGCUCCAUGACAGCAUGCAGUUCUUCCAGUCGGCUAAGUCUGAACCUUUCAACGAGCAGGGCUGGGCUGCGUACCAGCACAUCAACAACAUCUAUGCCCUGGCAGUGGUGCCCCACACGCACGAAAACGACUUGAUUUUCAUUCAGGACUACCACAUGCUGAUGACCCCAACCUUCAUCGCACGGAAGAUACACAAGGCAAACAUUGGAUUUUACCUUCAUGCGCCCUUUCCGUCCUCAGACAGCUUCAAGACCCUUCCAGUCCGGGAGGAGAUCCUUGCCGGAAUGCUCAGUGCGGACCAGCUGGGCUUCCAGUUCUUCUCCUAUGCGAGGAACUUCCUCGUUAGCUGCAAGAGGGUGUACGGAUUGGACCCGACUUUUCGCACUGGCGGCUUUACCGGCCUGGAGUACAAUGGAAGAACCGUCAUGAUCAAGGUGGCGCACUUUGCUUACCCUUACCAAGCCAGCAUCAAGGUGGUGAACAGUGAGGAGGUGCAAAAGGGGACCCUGAAGAUCAAGCGGCUCUUUGAAGGAAAGACAAUCUUUGCAUGCAUGGACAGAGCUGAUGGCCUGUCUGCUCUCAUCCCCAAAUUUCAGGCCUUCAGACAGUUCUUGAAAGAGAAGCCCGAGUAUCAAGGCAAGAUCAUUUUGGUGCAGUAUUGCUUUGAUUCCCUCGGUGUGAAGGAUGCAGGCACAGCGGCUCAGCUUAGAGCGGAGGCGGAUGCACUGCUCAAGGUUGCUGCUGAUGGUCAGAUAGAGAUUGCAACGAAGGAAGGGGUCUCGCCUGAUUCAUGCAGUAUCUUCCUGCGCUUCGAGAAGAUCGAGCGUACCGACAGGUUGGCAUUAUUCAGGGCCGCUGACGUGUUGCUAGAUACCAGUGCCAAGAAUGGUUUGAAUCUCAUGCCCUUUGAAUUCGUGGCCGCGCACCACGACAUGAACGACAACAAGGCUUGCAUCGUCAGUGAGUUCUCAGGAUGCAGCCGGGUGCUGCUGGGAUCCUUGCGGGCCAACCCAUGGAACAACUCUGCACUUUGCAGCAUCAUGGAGAGAGCCCUCACAAUGCCAGAGGAAGAGAAGAAGGAUCGCUUUGAGAGCAACUUGCAGUACGUCUCACAGAAUUCCCCCAUGGUUUGGUUCGAGGACUUUCUCACCGACUUGAAGCGUGCACGCAAGAAGGAUGAUGUGCGCAUCGAGAGCAUAGGAUUUGGUGCCAAAAUCCGGCAAGUCGCCAUCGGCACAAACUUUGAGAAGCUGUCCAGCGAGGGUGUGUUGCAUGCCUUCCGUCAAGCGCAGAAGCGUGUGUUCUUCUUUGACAACGAGGGCACACUGGCUGCAGACAAGAGGCACAUGUACCGCCACUAUGGCGCACACAUGGGGGACCUCACAGACUUGCAAAGCCGGGGAUCGGCUCCCAACCAACAAGUCAUGGAUUGCUUGCAAAGUUUGUGCUCAGAUAUUCGCAACACCGUGGUCAUCUUGAGUGGACGAAAUCGUGAGAUGAUGGAGCAGUGGUUUGGAAAAGUACCCCGCUUAGGCCUAGCAGCCGAACGCGGCUUCUUCUACAAGCUGCCCUUCAACACGGGGGGACAGUGGCACUGCAUGGUGCAGAAGCCAGACUACACUUGGAAGUCCUUCGCCUUUGAAAUCAUGCGCAACUUUGUGAAGCGAACACAAGGAAGCUUCAUCGAGAACAAAGGCAGCGCGUUGGUUUGGCAGUACAGAGAUGCCGAUCCACACUUCGGGUCAUGGCAGGCUAAGGAGUUGAGCUCCCAUUUGAAAGAGCUGCUCAUAGGCUAUGAUCUUGAGAUCUUGGAGGGCAAGGGCUACGUUGAAGUGAAGGUUAGUGGUGUGAACAAGGGCGUGGCAGUCGCCAAAGCACUCACCAAGGUGUCACAAACAUUUGGCGAGGUUGAUUUCAUCUUGUGCAUAGGCGACGACCGCAGUGACGAGGACAUGUUCGAAGUUGUCAAUCAGAUGCUAGAUCCCACAGAUGAGUUGGAGACGCCUUCGCAGAUCAGCCAAGAUGAGAGCUCUGAGAACGAGAGCGUCUCACGGUUGAAGGCUAAGUCUGAGGUACUCCUCCCGAAACGCCAGAGCAGUGGGAAGCUCGGAGGGCUCGGCGGUGGUGGAGGGCUUUGUGGCUACAGCGGAGACCUUCGAGGAAGCCUGUCAGGAGGCUUGGACAGCCUUGGAGGAGAGAGCAGCACACCCCAGUCCACCAGAAGAUUUUUCACAUGCACCGUGGGCCGAAAGCCCAGCGCCGCAAAAUUCUUCCUGGAUGAUACUGAGGAGGUUUCCGAGCUACUUGCAAGUUUGAGGCAGGUUCAAGAGAAACAGGCCAAAGUUCCCUACCCAGCCGCAAAGUACGACAGUUUCACCCGUUAG